CCGAUGCGUUCAGAUUGGAAAAGUCCAGCGACUUUUUACGACAACCAGAAACAAAUCCAACAUGGCGCUGCCCAUGCGAAAUGUCAGAUUCAUAUUCCAAAUUUGCAGACGAUAUGGAGUCUCAUCUGCUAAUGCUGUGCGAGUUAGAUUCGCACCGAGUCCCACUGGGAUGAUGCAUUUGGGAGGCCUUAGAACAGCACUGUUUAACUAUUUGUUUGCUAAGUCCAAUAAUGGAUCGUUUCUUCUCCGUAUCGAAGACACCGAUUUGACAAGAAAAGUGCCAGGAGCAGUUGAGAAACUAGAAGACAUCUUAGACUGGGCUGGACUUACUCCUGAUGAAAGUCCAAACAAGGGAGGCCAGUAUGGACCUUAUAUUCAGUCGGAGAGGCUCUCGCUGUAUCAUGACAAUGUGAACACACUUCUUGAGUCGGGCCACUGCUACAGAUGUUUCUGCACAGAGAAGAGACUGUCACUGAUGAAGAAGGAUGCCAUCGCUCGACAAGAGAACCGUAAAUAUGACAACAGAUGUAGAAAUAUGACAGAACAAGAGAUGGAAGAAAAGAUUGCACAGAAAGUUCCAUAUGUUAUACGAUUUAAGUAUGAACCUAUGCGUGAACCUUGGACAGACCUUGUGUAUGGUUUGAUGGUGGAGAAUGUGGACUCUGAAGAAAGCUACAGAGAGGGGGAUUUUGUGGUGAUAAAAUCGGACGGGUAUCCCACAUAUCACUUUGCUAAUGUGGUUGACGAUCACCACAUGAGGAUCUCGCAUGUUCUAAGGGGUGCAUGUUUACAGGAAUGGAGCAUCUCCACCCCAAAGCACCUUCAGAUGUACAAGGCAUUUGGCUGGGAGCCACCCCUCUAUGCUCAUUUACCGCUUAUCCUUAAUCAAGAUGGAACAAAGUUAUCUAAACGACAGGGCGACAUUCAUGUGGAACAUUUUAAGGACCAGGGGCUUGAGCCAGAUGCUCUCCUCAACUACCUGACAACUGUAAACAAGGGAUUCAAAGGGCCAACUGAUGGCAAAACUUUGAAGGAGCUUGUUGCCAUGUUUUCACUUGAACUCGUUAACCGCCAUUCAUCACGAUUACAACCAGAAAAGUUGCCUCCCCUGAACCGGUUACACCUUCAGCGACAGUUUUCUGGUCAGCAGAGACAAAACAUUGUUGACCGGACCAGAGACAUUAUUGAAUCAUAUUUUAAACACAGAUUAACGGACAAGCAUAUUCUGACAGAUCACUAUCUGGAGUCCAUUAUAAAUUGGGCAAUAGCCCAUAGAAUAUCUCGCCUUGAAGAACUAACUGAGUCAAUGAUUGAAUUCAUAUGGGUGCGACCAUCAAAAGACAAAAUACUCACUCUUGCAAAAAAGGACACAAGUUGUGAGAAAGUUAUAAAUGGUGUCAAGAGUUGUUUAGACGCAGUGGAAACAUUCACAGAUGAAGCCAUCAAGAAUGUUCUUAAGAACUUCUGUAAAAGCCAGAAUUUAAAAACUGUGCACUUAAUGAAGAUACUGCGCUCUGCAUUAAGUGAAUCGGAGGAGGGACCCCAUGUGUCAGAGAUGAUGGAGAUACUAGGGAGGCAGGAAACAAACAAGAGACUAGACAUGGCCUUAGAGGUACUGAAGACCUCAAAACAAUCCAGAUGACAGCGCUGGUGUCAAAACUGUUAUGUCAUAGUGUGGAGCCCUUUUUCGACUCGUAACGAUUGACAGGCGUUAGGCCAAGCCAUUCAUCAGGACUGUGAAUAAUUGACACCAAGGCCUUGUCUAAAUAAAAUUCUUACUAAGAUGUUAUUUUGCGACUGAAUGUUCAACUCAGAGCAAAUAAUAGUUUAUUACAAAUGUGUUCCUUAAAAAAGAAUAUAUAAAUGAUUGAUGUAAUAAGUCUUUAACAACUGUAUCUCUCUUAACCCUUUACCACUCAGAAGCAAAAUGAAAAUGGCUUUGUGCAAACAGCAUAAAACCAGAACAGUCUGCGAGUAACUCGCAGCUGAACGAAGCUGUUCAAACUUGAAUCUAGUAAGAAAGGUCUUAAAUUAAAUAAAGGACUAUAAAUGUGUCAAAAUACGUAUCUAAAUGGUAAAGGGUUAAAUUUGUUGUUUGAUGUUUGAUAAGACAUGCUCCAGAUCUUCACUGCUUUGGCAUAAUAGAUACAAGAAUUAUGGGUAUGUUGUCCACUACACAAUGUUGACCUAAGUGAGUUGUGCUGUUGCACUCAAGUACUUGUUGUUGAAAAUUAAAAUAUCAAUAUUAAAAUAUUGUCUAAGCAUUCAAUAUUGUUUAAAGAUUGUAUGAGUAAACUAGAAAUACUACUGAGUCAUAUUAUCUGGAAGUUGGUGCAAAUGCUUAAUUGACUGACAUAUUCAUAGUUGCAUUUUUCUGAUCUGAAACUUAGUAAAAUUGUAAUUGUUUAUAAUACAUUAAAAGAAUAACUAUAAUAUGAAUAAAACUUUGUUAAUA